GUAAUCGUAGGCUGUCCGUGUUGAAAGACUGAAAGUAUUAUAAAAACCCCUUCGUUUUAGAGGAUUCUUCAGUUGCCUGGGUACUCGAUACCAUUUUGACCAGAGAAUCCUCCUCUUGAAUUGACAAGAGACAGCUUCAUCACACAGAAUCUACAGAGCUGGUAACCAAGUCCUACCAUUCUGAAAAUGGCAGAAAUUGAGGAAAUAAUUGAAGGUGUUGAAGAAUCCAUUGAAGGUGCUUCAGAAGAAGCUGAAGGAGCGUCAGAAGAAAUACAAGAGGAAGUAGAAGCUGAAGUGGCUGAAGCCAGCAGCGAGGUUGCAGAGUUCUCCAAAGUUGCUGAGACUUUAAAAACCUUCGCUAACGAUGCCAAAGCAUAUAUAUGGAAAAUAGUAAAAUUUCUCUUGAAAAAUGGAACUAUUGGUGUUAUUCUUUGGGGAGUAAAUGUGGGUCUCAACAAAUUAAUCAUCAAAGAUCCCCAACAAAGUUCAGAUGUGAAGAAGAAACGUACUGCCAUUAAGGCACUCACCACCGUGAUCAAGACUGAAACUGACUUGGGUAAGAAGACCUUGGAGUGGAUGAAAGAGCAUCAAGAUGACCAAAUUACCCUGGCUGGGUUUGAUGUGCCACUGGAAUCGGUUAUUGCAAAAUAUAUCACACCAAUAUCUGAGGCUGUUGAUAGAGCCUUUGAUAUAGCAAAAAACCUGCAGGCCAAGUUGGACGGAAAAGUUCAGUACCAAAUCCCAACUGGAGAAGACAUGAGAGAAAUCCUUACAGCUGGUGAUGCAUUUCACAAAGGCUUCAAUGACCUGGUCGCCUUCAUCUCUGAAAAUGUGCAGAAGAUUGAACAGCUGGCAACCUUUCCAGUGAAACAGGCAGACAUUGACCUUCUUACAACUCAGCUGAAAGCUGCCAAGGACUUACCUUUGUGGUAAAGAGAUGAGAUACCUUGAUUUGUGCUUACAAGAGAAAAGAGUCAGAAAGGUUGGUUUUCAGUUUUGUAUCUCUGGUUUCUGAUUGGUAAAAAAAAAUAAAAAAUUGUGCCAAACUUCAAGGACAGGGGAGUUUUAAAUGUUUCAGACCUGUGUUUAAAACAGAUAUAUAGUAAUUAACUCUUGCAGCCAUCCUUUAUUCUUCUCUUCAAUUCUCUUUUCCUCUUCACGCAUAAUUUACGUUACACAUGGCAAAAAUCUGUAAAAUAACUGUAAAUGUGCUGGAAACCUAUUGCCAGGGCUUUGUUUCAUAAUGAUAGAAUUAAAACUUUUUUAUUAUCAAUGUGUCCACAAUAAAAAGUAGACAUUUUCUGUUUUUUAUUGGUAAAUCUAUGUCCAUAUCGAGAUAGAGAUAAUGAUAGUGAUAGAGAUAGCGUUAGCGAUCGCUAAAUACAGCUAUGGAUUAGAACAGGCAGAGCUGUAUAAUGAUAUAUUAUUGUCAUGUGUUAUAACACUGCAGCACGUGUUAACUCAUGUCAUGUUAAUCAGUUUUAUGUUCAUGUGUUCAUUUUUGCUUUUAAAGCUUUGGAAAGGGAAUAAAAAUGUUUUGGAAGUGGGUCUAUAUUAUCACUGCUGUGGUGCUUGAUGUAUCAUAAAUAAACACUGCAGUUGCUCUCUUG